GUUUCAUUUGGCAGAUUCACGUUGUUCUUGGCACCAGUUCGGGCAGUCAUUUUAUCGCUUCAUGGGGGAUAGGAAAACUUUUGAUCAAGCCAAGACAAAGUGUACGGAUAACGGUGGGAGAUUGGCAAUUAUCGGAUCAGCAGAACUUAACACGUUCCUAACAUCGAUUGUAUCGCCUGCCCUUUCAUCGCCUGCUUGUUACUGGUUCGGUCUAAGUCGAAGUGCGGAUGCUGAGCCAUUCACUUGGAAUGAUGUAACUCAAAUAAGUAACCCUAUCUGGGCUCCUGGAGAGCCAAGUUCUACUGGGCAAGCCUGCGCGUGUUUGUGGUCUGAUGGGAAUGACGCUGACAAUCAUGGUCAAUGGGACGGUAGAUCUUGUGGGGACACACUGCCGUACAUCUGUGAGAGACCACAAGUACCAACUGGACAAUGGACAUAUAUAUCAGGAGUGCAAAACGUGCAAUAUUUAAUUUCAACCUUGGACACAAGCUUUUUCAAUGCACGGGAAUUUUGUCAUCAAAUAGGUGGACAGCUUGCGCAGUUAAAAACAUCAAAUAUUUCUUCAGCAGUGAGAAAUCAAUUUGGAAAUAUCGGAAACGGAAGAUUUUGGUUCGGGCUUGAUGAUCUGAGCAAGGAAGGCGAUUUCCGAUGGGCUGAUGGAACGCUAUUAAGAAAUACAGGAUUCACUGGCGGGAAUCUAAAUAAUCAACGUGGGAAAGAACACUGUGUAGAAACGACAAACAGCGGCUGGAAUGACCUACCUUGUAGCGGACAAUCAAGAAGGUUUGUCUGCGAGAAAUCAGAGGCCCCACCACUCCAUCUACUCGCCAUGACGUCAACACCUUUCGGGAGUUCGGGAGCUACUCCACGUUUCUCCUGCAUACUUAGCCCUCCUGACAACACAGACGACACUGUAAGCUACACUGAGCGAGUAAUUGUACAGAGCCUCACCACAGAGGGGUAUACACUGGACGUCCCGGGCACUAAAACAACUCAGACAGGUGGAUUAAUACAGGAUCUACCUGGUGAUGUGACAUCCGUUGGUCUUUAUAAGUGCUCGAGUACAUCUACAACUACUGGUAUUUCAACAUCAGCAGAUGUAACAAUUCUCUCAAAAGACAGACAUUUUCAACCAACUGACGGCCGUCUCACGAAAACGAUUUAUCCAGGUGACGACAUCACACUCUCAGUUUCUACCACGGAUACGUACACAGCAGGUGAAGAUGAAAUCCGAUGGAGGACUUUCUCAAACCUCGCUGAAGGAUCUUUGUCUCCAGAGGGAGACAGGACUCUGACCUAUACCAUUCGAUCGGCAACGAAGACAAAUGCUGAUGUUCACGGAACGGUUCAAAACGGCAUGGUUGAAAAUCUAAUGUACAGCUUGAUUCGCGUCAUUGUCAGUGAUUGUCCGAGUGGCCGAUGGAAUAUUCCAUCCUGUGAUCGUCUAUGUGAUAAUUGCUACAAUGGAGGGAUUUGUCAUCCUCAAUCAGGAACCUGUAUCUGUCCUCCAGGAUUCAUGGGCAAAAACUGUCUUACUGCAUGCGGUGAAAACCGAUUUGGAUGGGAGUGUGAACUAGAAUGUGGAGCUGGGAAUGCUCUACAAGAAUGCAGUGGAAGCCAGGUGUGUCUACCCGAUCCCUACGGAUGCAACUGCCUGGCUGGUUAUACAGGAAUAUACUGCGAUAAACAAUGCAUUCCGGGUAGGUUUGGUGUGGACUGCCUUCAGGAUUGCCACUGUGCAGGAGGGAUGCCAUGCAAUGCAUUCACAGGAAGAUGUGAGGGAGACUGUGAGGAUGGUUGGUCAGGAGAAGGGUGUCAAGUUCCCUCCGUCUGUCCAGUCGGUUAUUUUGGAAUAAAUUGCACAGAGUUAUGUAACUGUCCUGAGUACUCGAAAUGUGAGAAGGACUCUGGUUUCUGUACAUCAUCGGGAGGACAAUGUGAGAUUGGCUAUGUUGCCGACUCUCCACAGAGACCAGAUGGAUGUGUCACAUUUGCUGGAUGUUUCGAGUCUUGUUCUAAGACAUGCCACUGUGCUGGUGGUGUCGAGGACUGCAACCAGGUGACCGGGACGUGCUCUCAAGGUACAUGCCAUCCACGAUGGAUGGGAGACAAAUGUCAAACUGAUCGCUUUAGCAUUACACGAGAAAAAACCAACCCAGGUGUUGCGAUGUUUUCCUGCACAUUUUCUACCGACACAAGUGGCAACAUCCCUUCCAUUAAGGCUACUGUGGGGGAUUUCUCAAUGGAAAACUGGGAAAAUGCACAGGCCGCAAGUACUGCUACUGAUCAAUUUUCAUUAAAAGCAAACUUUACGUUUUCCGUUAAUGUCAACGGGAACCAACCCAUCUACUGUUUAGUUGGCACAUCAACAAGUGGCAUUGGAUUUGCUUUUAUCAGGUUGCCACUGCCUGAAACAUUCGUUCUCCCGGUCUUCAACAAGGCGCCUGAGGUAGCAGACCUAGGUUUCAACUAUGUCAUCAUUGCUUGGGAUUCUUGGACCGAAAACGUUGAUGUUGGUGAAGGUCCUAUCAUUGGGUACAAGGUCUACGUUACUACUUCAGAUGGGGACGAAACAAACACCUUCAUUACGUCAUCAGGUGUUCCGAUGGACAUGGAAUCCUCAGGGACUGUAUCUUCAAGGAAGAGAAGACAAGAAGAUGAAGGGCUACUGAUGUACAACGUGACUGGUCUGGAUGAUGGUCAAGCAUAUGAGAUUCAAAUUUCAGCAGUUCGUGAGGGACUUAACGGUGAAGGAGAGAAAGGACCUGCUCUGAGUGUUACAACCAUAAAGAUAGCACUACCUCCCGACCCUUCUGCAAUUGGCGCCAGUGUUGGUGGGGCAAUAGGAGGAAUAAUCUUUGUUCUAUUGAUUAUUGUCAUCAUCAUCAUUGUACUACGGAGGAGAAGAAACCCACGGAACGAAGUCUCCAAACCGGUCACCUAUAGAGAUGAUAAUGUUUACAUCGGUGGUUUAUCCGAAGAAGUUGAAACUGGAAAAUCAGAUAAACCAAAGACGUCUCCAACCGUGACACCAAGGAAACCGGUGGUACUACCAAAGCCAUCCACCAUGCCUGAACCACAACUGGCUCCAAACGGUUUGGACGAGGCUGAUGUACCGAAAUCCAGAAGGUCGGAGGAAUCGCCAAAGGAGCGUCGCCCGAUACCCCUCUCACAGUUUGCUACCCUCGUUCAGAAGAAUAGACACACAGACGUGUUUUACGAGGAAUUCCUUUGCUUACCGAAGGCAAAUAUCUUCCCACAAACGGUUGCGGAGAAGAAGGUCAAUUUUGAGAAGAACAGAUACAAGAACAUCCUGCCAUAUGAUUCAUCAAGGGUUAGGCUGGCAAUCACCAACGAUGACCCGAAUUCAGAUUACUUCAAUGCUUCUUACAUACCGAGCUUUCGGAAUCAGCGUGCGUACAUCGCGUCACAAGGACCAAAUAAUGCAUCAAUGGAUGACUUCUGGCGAAUGGUGUGGCAGGAGAAUGUAAACACAAUCGCCAUGGUAACAAAACUCCAAGAGGGAACAAAGAUUAAAUGCCGUCAGUACUGGCCGGAGUCGACAUCUGUAAACUUUGGGGACAUAGUCGUGGUAUUGAGUUCUGUCGCAAGUUGUUGUGGAGGACUAAAGCGAACACUUAGCUUGACGAAGGGGGCGAAGACCAGGGUUGUUAACCAGUUUCACUUCACGGAGUGGCCAGACAAAGCAGUUCCUAACAGCACAUCUACUCUGCAGAAGUAUAUCUCUGAGGUGAAGAAGGACCAUGGACAAAACAGCUCACCCCUUCUGGUUCAUUGCAGUGCUGGCGUUGGUCGGACUGGUGUACUGUUGAGUAUAGACAGCGUCGUAGCUGAAGCGAAGAGAACCAAGGAAGUCGAUAUAUUCGGUUACGUCACAAAGAUCAGACAAAACCGACCUUACAUGGUGCAAACAAAGGAGCAAUACCAGUUUGUGUACGUGGCUGUGCUCGAAGCUUUGCUGUCAGAAGAUACCAGGAUCCAGGCCUCCUACUUCGAAUCUACACUCAUGCAUCUUCAGAAAGUCACUAUAAACAACAAACGGAGAUGCACACCAUUGUCUACACAGUUUGAGAACUUGACGGUCGUUUGUCCUGAUCCUCCAGCCUCGUUGAUCAGAACUGCUACGAAGACAGAAAAUCGUUCGAAGAGCCGUUACGCCAACAGUCUUCCAAUGGAAAGAAACCGAGUCAUUCUUCAGUCUAGGGGCUCUUCAGAUUCGGACUUCGUCAACGCGAGCUUCGUGAAGGGUAAUCGAUACAGGUUCAUUACCACCCAGAUGCCGAUGCCGAACACCGUAGCUGAUUUCUGGGCCAUGGUCAUCGACUACCAACCAUCCACCAUCGUCAUGCUCAACGAUGACAAUAAACGUGACAAGAGCUGUGCACGAUACUGGUUUGACAAGGGUGUAAAAACCUUUGGACCUGUCUCUGUCACCACGCUGUCUAUCUCAGAGAGAAGAGGUUUCAUCGAGAGAGAAAUAGAGGUUACUCAGAACAAACCAAAGGCUCGCCAUGUCGUGAAGCAGUAUCAGUUCGUCGACUGGCCUACUAAGGCAGAGGAACGAAGGGACCGCGCGCCUUAUCUUCUGAAUCUUAUGACAGAAGUGGAGGACAGUUUUAGUGGAGUUGCAGAGGGGUUUCCAGUCCUAGUUCACUGCCUGAACGGAGUGGGUCGAACGGGUGUGUUCUGUACCAUGCUUGAGUGCAUCGCACAGAUAAAUGAAGAGGACGCUGUUGAUGUCUUCCAAAUGGUCAAGAUGCUGCGAAAUGAGAGGAUGCACUUCGUACAAACCGAGGUAUAA